AUGGAUGGGGGUGACGAAACGAACUUACAGGAGAACGUGAAGGCGACGACUGUGAUAGAAACGGGGGCGAUGAGCCGCGACGAGGAAACGAACGAGAUAGGGAAAGCGAUGGCGGAAUUGGAGGAGUGGAUUGAGAAGAAGGUGGAGGCGAUUUCCGCGCUGGCGGACGCGAUUAGGACGGAAUGGGAGAGCGGCGCGGCGCCAUCAUCUUUGGCGAAGUGGACCCAAACCCAUGGUCCUUGUCACCGACCCCAUACCCAUUGUCACCGACCCCAUACCCAUGUCACCGACCCCAUACCCCCCGUCACUGACCCCAUACCCAUUGUCACCGACCCCAUACCCCCUGUCACCGACCCCAUACCCCCUGUCACCGACCCCAUACCCCCUGUCACCGACCCCAUACCCCCUGUCACCGACCCCAUACCCCCUGUCACCGUCCCCUUACCCCCUGUCACCGACCCCAUACCCCCUGUCACCGACCCCAUACCCAUUGUCACCGACCCCAUACCCCCUGUCAUCGACCCCAUACCCCCUGUCAUCGACCCCAUACCUCUCGUCACCGACCCCAUACCCCCUGUCACCGACCCCAUACCCCCUGUCACCGACCCCAUAGUCUCAUGUUCGCCUUACAGCAGCAGCAUGUGGUCGACCUGUCAUCAACCCAUGCAAACUGAUCACAACAUCUGGCCGCCAUGUCAGUCCUCCCCCCCGUUUUCCACCUUGUCCCCUGCUUCUCCGUCCCAGCAGCAACAUCUGGCCGCGCUGUCAGCCCAUGCGGAUGCCAUCCGAGAGAAGGUGCGCGGAGUGGGGAGAUCUCUGCGCGGAAUUGGGGGGGAGCAGGCGCAGGGGGGAAGAAUGGAGGGCGGGGGUGAGCGGGGAGGGAGCAACAAGGAGCAAAGUGGGGAGGAGGAGAAGGAUGAUCAGAACGAGGAGGAAGAGGAGGAGGAGGAGGCGGGGGAUGGGGAGAAAGAGGCGGAAGCGGAGGAGGAAGGGGGGGAGGAGGUGGGGAUGAGGGACGAGGAGGAGGAAAAGACGAUUGAUCUGGUAGACGAGACAACGGAGGACGCGGAUGAAGACGAGUCGAAGCGUGAAUCUGCUGGAGAAGCACGGGAUGAGAUGGAGGACGCUGUGCUGGGAGAAGGGCGAGGGGAGGAGCCAGUGGAGGCAGCAGGAGCAGGGCUGGGGGGAGAUGAAGGGAACGCGGCGGAGAGGGAGGGAGCAACAGAGAGGGAGGGGGCGGCAGAGACGGAAGGAGCUGCAGAGAAUUGUGAGAAUGAGGUCGAAGAUGCAGAGGAGGACGCAAUGGCGGAGGGAGUGGGAGAUAACUAUGACCUGGUUGAGCCCCUCAUCAAUGGAAACGAAGGGGGGCAGGACAAGGGGGCCGGGGUAGGGAACGCAGCUAGGGAUAUUAUGCGGGGGACAAUGGAGGAGAGUGCUGCAGGAGAGGCAGAUGGGCCGGUGGGGAACGACCUGGUAGCGUCUGUGGAGCGAUGGGCGCACAGGGCGGGGCUGUGUGGAGAAGCAGCAGCAGCAGCGGCGGCAGCAGCAGGGCGGCCGUCACAAAGCAAGGGGGCUGCACGUGGGGAGGUGCCGAGCGCAUUAGUGGGAGGGAAACUCAGUGACGAGGCACUCAAGGCGCGUCUGCAGGAGGAAAUCGAUCCCUUGCUGCGGCAAAUCCCUCCCGAUAAGCAGCAGAUUCAGACACGCGUGAUCAACCAUAUGGUCUGCUUUCUCUCUUCUCUGCCCCUCAAGACACAGCAGAGCACACCGACAUUGCAGCGGAUCGUUCCUGAAACGCAGCAGCUCAACGGCAACCCAGCAGCACCGCAGAGCACCCCUGAAUUACAGGAAAUCACCCUCUCCCACCGCAACCUCCACUACUUUCUCUCACUCGCUCCCACCUGCUGCCCCACGCUCCUCCCGUCCCUCACCUCCCUCACACUCGACCGCGUCACUGUCUCCACCCGUGACAUGCUCGUCCUCGUCCACCUCCCAUCCCUCACCUCCCUCUCCUUCCUUCAAUCCCCCAUCGCUCCAUCCGCCCUGUCCCUCAUCCAGCCCUUCUCUCGCCUCCACCGACUCGUGCUCGAUUGCCCAGGGCCCUCAACUGUGGCCUUCAAAACGGGGCCCUGGCCGCUGAAGAGCCUGAGAGAGCUGCAUGUGAGCCGUGUGACCAACGCAGUUCUGAAGCAUGUUGGGACGCUCACAAGCCUCGAGGUCCUCUCCUGCACGUGCUGUGAGGGGGUCAGCUCUAUGGGCUUUAUUUCGCUGGACCGGCUGAAACAGCUGAGAUGGCUACGUGUGGCACCAGCGGACCUCGGCGCUCAUGGUCUUAGGAUGGACUAUCCCGAGGGAAGAUUGCCAGUGGUCUCGCGAGUGUGUAGGAGGCCACAGAAGAAGCAGGAGGGUGUUCUUUGGGAGGGUGUUCAAGAGAGUGAACACUUGAAGGGAUCGCCGGGCCAAGCGGACGAUAGUGGGGUGUGGUGUCUGCUGCGCUCGCUGCAGCAUCUGGAGCACCUGGAGUUGCAUGCACCACCACACUACCAUUUUGCCUUCCUGGCACUGGAAAAGCUGUACCUUCUCACCACUCUCCACGUCACCGGGGUUUUCCUUGACCAUGCCGCUUUCACAUGGUUGACUCGUGUGACUCAGCUGACCCACCUCAGCCUGGCCGGUUGCACGUUCGCAACUGACAGCGUGGUGUGGAAGUUAGCAGACGCCAUGCCGAAGCUCGAGUCCCUCGACCUGUCUGGAACGGCAAUCACCAAACUCGACGCUCUCGGCCUGAAACACUUGAAGCACUUGGAGCGCUUGACACUGCAGCAGUGCAGCAACCUCGGUGCGUCGUUUCUGCGCUACCUCAGAUUCGUGCCUCGGCUCAAGGAUCUGGACGUGAGCUUCAACAACAUGCCGGCUGAUUGGUUGAGGCAUGUUGUGGAUGGGAAGCAGGUGAGGCGGCUGAGUGUGAGGGGGUGUGGUUACAAGGAGAAGACCGUGUGUGGGCUUGAGCGGCCUUGGAUUGUGAUUGAGUCGUGA